CGGGAAGCAAAAGCCUGGUUUUCUCUGAGGUAGCUCUCCUCCGAUCCUCCACCGAUUUCGAGAGCUACUUAUGCCCUAGAAAGAGGACAACUCGCACGGGCGCGUCCAUGGGAGAAGAAGCGCUUGUAAUGCAGACGAAAGAUCGAGACUUUGCCAGAUCCGAGCAUGGGUGCGAGCAUUAUCGGAGACGUUGCAAGAUUCGAGCUCCGUGCUGCGAUCGGGUCUUCACAUGCCGCCACUGCCACAACGAGUUCACGAACUCGCUGAGCAACCCGAAAGAUCAUCAUGAGAUGGUGCGGCACGACGUGAAGCAGGUCAUCUGUUCUGUUUGCAAUACGGAGCAAGAGGCUGCUCAAGUUUGUUGGAAAUGCGGUAUCCACAUGGGAGAAUAUUUCUGUGGAAUUUGCAAGUUUUACGACGAUGACACCGAGAAGAAGCAAUUUCAUUGUGAGGAAUGUGGAAUUUGUAGAGUUGGGGGUCGGGAAAAUUUCUUCCACUGUCCAAAGUGCGGAUCUUGCUAUAUGAUGUCCUUACGUGAUAAUCAUGUAUGCGUGGAGAAUUCAAUGAAGAGCCAUUGCCCUGUAUGCUAUGAGUAUCUAUUUGACUCGAUCGAAGGAACAACGAUCUUGAAUUGCGGACACACAAUUCAUAUGGACUGUUUCCAACAAAUGGCAGACCAAAAUCAGUAUCGUUGUCCCAUUUGCUCAAAGACAGCUCGAGAAAUGUCUGGAGUCUGGAGAAUGCUGGAUGCAGAGAUCGCGGCAACAGUCAUGCCUGAAGAAUAUCAGUACGAGGUUUCGAUCCUUUGCAAUGACUGCAACAAAACGGGGAAAGUUCCAUUUCACAUUUUUGGGCUCAAGUGCAGUGAAUGCUGUUCAUACAAUACUCGAAGAAUUUCAGCUGCAGACCUUCAUUAAGAUGAUUCAGGCAAACAAAUUCAUGUGGAAACAAACGUAAAAAUUUCUGCUUGCAGCCCUUGCCCAAACUUAGCAAAUCCUGGACUCACAUACCUAGACUUUUGCUCUCUCAUUCGACAUUGGCCAAGGAGUGCUUCUUCAGCAGUUCGUGGCACUAUCCUAUUACGGCGCUUGCACCAACUCUUACGAUGAUCAGUCAACGUCUGAUUAGUUCACCUGCCAAUUUCUUUAUUAGCAACCUGUUAGAUUGGGGAACAAUUUUUCGAAGCAGUUCUCAUAGCCGUUGAUUUCGCGGUCAAUUGCUCCUUUCACUGUUCUGUCGCCCAUAGCUACUAGCGCCCUCCGCGGAAGUUGCUACACUAGGAUUAGGCUGAUUUUUUUGUUGUAUGAUUGCGACCUCUGUUUUGAUGUAGCAUUUUCAUCUUCUUUUGCU